UGCGAUGGUGUAAAUGAACGUAGCACGUAGAAUAUAUGAAACGUUAUAUUUGAAAGUAUAGACAGAAGUUUUUUCCUCGUGAUUUCUUCCUAGAAGAGAACAUUAGCGUCGUCGACAGUUUCUUCUGCAAAAUUAAGUCUGUGCACGAAAGGAAAUCGUUGUAAGCGAAGAAUAUUGAUUCGCUUGAGCUGUGUAACAGCUGACAUCAUACGUAAUCAUACCAACCUAAUAUCAAACACGUGACUCUUCUUGCAAUCUGGCGCUUAAUUUAAAUGAAAUAAGGAAACUUGACAGAAUAGUGAGUUAAAAAAACGAAAGAAUUAUUUCACUGCGUAAACGCAAUAAAAAAAAAAGUCGUAUCGAUUUCUUGUCUACAAUUAGCUUUGCGUUCAUCAAUUUAUUAUUAUUGAAAUUGAAUAUCGAGGAGAAAUUUGAAGUAAUCGCGUAUCUGAUUCUCGCCACGAUCGAUAAGUGAUAACACAAAGUAAAUAGAUCGUGACUAAACAACUAUUUGCAUAAGAUUUAACUUUCGAUUGAUAGAGCGAAUCAGCUAUCCGUCGAUAAGGUGAACCGUGUGAUAAAGCGAGGUCGUACGAUCGUCGAUAGACAGAAAGAAUCAGAGGCGAGAUGUUGACUGUAAUACGUAAAGCUACGCUCAGUCGUUUCUUGGAACUUUCAACGAAUAGUUCGUCGUUACGCGCGCGCAUCGUUGUCGCCAGAAUGAUGUCCUCCUGCAAUCAGGAUUAUGAUCAGAAAGUUGUCCCUAAGGAUGAGGUUAUUAGAUUUAUCAAGGAGAGCAUGUGUAAAGUCGGUACCAUGACAGAAGACGCAUGCAUCGUCGCUCAUCAGCUAAUGGUAGCGGAUUACAGAGGUCAUUUCAGCCAUGGGAUGAAUCGAUUGGAAAUGUACAUAACGGACAUCGAAAAGAGAAUCACCGAUCCCACCGCUCGACCGCAGAUUAUCAAUGAUUUUCAGGCGGUAGCCCUCGUUGAUGGAAAAAACGGGUUAGGUCAAGUGGUCGGCAAAUAUUGCAUGGAGCUUGCCAUAGAGAAGGCCAAAAAAUUCGGUAUCGGCAUGGUGGCGGCACGUGGCUCUAAUCACUACGGCAUCAGUGGUUACUACACCAUGAUGGCGAUGGAACAAGGACUGAUCGGUUUCAAUUGUACUAACACGAGUCCACUGAUGGUACCGACGCGCAGCACAAAAUCCGCUCUAGGAACGAAUCCCUUGUCUUUCGGUAUGUCCACCUGCGACGGCGAUGAGUUUCUUCUUGAUAUGGCAACCACAGCCGUUGCCUUGGGCAAGAUCGAGUUAGCCGUUCAGAAGAACGAGAACAUUCCCGAGGGCUGGGCACUUGGAUCUGACGGAAAAGUGACCUGUAAUGCCGAAGAGGCUUACAGAGUUUCUUCAUUAUUGCCUCUCGGUGGCAGCGAACGCAAUUCUGGAUACAAGGGUUAUGGUCUGGGUCUGAUGGUUGAGAUACUCUGUGGUAUCCUGAGCGCAAGUCAUUUCGGACUGAACAUCCGCAACUGGAAGUCCGGCGAUACAGCCGCCAAUCUCGGACAUUGCUUUAUAGUCAUUAAUCCGAAUGCCUUUGAUUGCGGAUCAAAAGAGAGAUUGACGAUCCUGCUCAAACAGAUGAGAGACCUACCUUCCUUCUGCAACGAGCCAGUUCUGAUUGCCGGUGAUCCCGAAAAACAACACAUGAAAAAAGUCGACAUGGAGGGCGGUUUGACGUAUCAUUCAAAUCAAUUAAAGAUUUUGCAAGAAAUCUCUAAACGCAUAGGCGUACGACCGUUGAAACUCAUAUCUAAAUCCGUUUGAUUUUUUAGUUAUCAGCAAAAAAUUAAUCUAUUCUAUCUAAUUUCAUUUCUUUUAUAUAUUGAUCGUUCGUCUAUUUUUAAUAAAUUCUAAUAUGAAAAAAAAGAUAAUCGAAAAUUAAUUAAAUGCUAACUUAAUUGUUGUAAUAAAGAAAAUAUAUUAAAAUUAUUGUAAUAAAGAAAUAUCUAUUUUGAAGAA